AUGUUUGCUUCAAGUUCAUGUUCUUACAAUUCUAUCUUUCAAGAAUUAUUAUUAACAUGUCUUUACAGGUGGUUACGUGUCCAUCUAUCGUGUGCGCAUACUGCUUCUGGACUACCAUACUACAGAGAUGCGUUUGACCAUCAGCGCGAGGACCAGAUGAUUUGGCAGCCAUAUACUGAGGCGGUGAUGGAUCGACUUCCGGAGAUUUGUCGCUCAGACAUGCACAUUUGGCGUUCACGGGCACCUCUGAUAUGCUUUGACGUCGUUGAGUUCCACCUCCCAGACCGAGUCCUUCGUCAGUUCGGGUUAGACCAGCCGAUCCCACAGGAUGUAGACACGGACGUUGCUCUACACAGGAAGGAUCGAAGGGGACAGCGUAACUGGGAGAUUCGGCAUUCGGACCAUGUACACGAGUGGAGUCGACGAGAGGCAUUAGUCGUCCAGGGAUACCCGUUCACUGGGACUUCUUCCCCGGCCAUGACAGAGUACAUGGCUUGGUACCUUCGCAUCACGAGACUGGUCAUUACUCCACCUUCGCAGGAGCGCCCCCCGAGUCAUUACCAGCCAGCUACCUCUGACCUCCUGCUUGCACAUGCAUUUGCUGAUUUGCACGUCCAGCUAUCGGGAGCUACUAAGACCAUCUCCCACUUGCCACCAGAGACGGCUAUACCAUUUGCCAUACAGACGAUGCAGGGUUUUACAUCAUUUUGUGGCCAAACCUUGUCUAGGGUGGGGCAGUCACACCUUAUUCAGCAGCCUCGACCGUCCACAUCUUCAUCUUCUACUGUGCACACUAUGCCGAUCAGACCACCACCUCAUCGUGGAGGCCAUUCAGCACGUGCCUUCCGUCCACCGACUCCUUCUCAGCAUACUAUCAUGACAUCUCCUCCACUAGUGCAUCGCCAGUAUCAGAGAAACCGACGGCGUAGCAACACUACGUCUGGGGUUGGAGUUGGCCUGGAUGACAUUCCAGAGGAGACAGCUGCAUCAUCUUCAUCGUCACCUCAUGGGAAGAAGCAACGCCCGAGCUAAGUGUAUAUUUUGGAACUAAACUAAUUUUUUUGUAAAUGCUUAGAAUUGGAUUUUGUUAUAUUUAAUCAAUUGAAAAAUAUUCGACUUUGCAA